AUGGGGAGAGAGAAAGAUGAUGAAGAGGAGGAGGUGAAGGAAGGAAAGGCACUGGAGGACGAGAAGAAAGAGGGACAACAUGACAAUGAGGCGGAGGUUAAAGAGACUUGGGAGGUGGAGGAGGUGGAAACAGAAGAAAUGGAGGAAGAAGGAAAAAACGAGGUAGAGAGUGAGGGGGUAGGUGAGGAGGAGAAGCAGGUGUGGGCAACAGAUCAGGUCCAGGAGGAAGAUGAUGGAGAACAGCUGCUCAGAGAACAGACAAGAAUGGCUGAGGCUGAGAAUAUUCAGCAAAACCAAGAAUGUAAAGCUGAUGCAGAAGAACCGGUUGCACAAUGCUGGACAACUAAAGAUGAAGAGCUUCAAGAUUUUCACAAAAAACCUCAAGAAGAAGAAGAGGAGGAAACUACAGAUGAUGAGGAAGCAGAUCAAUCAACAGACAAAGAAGGAAACAGUAAUGGUGAAGAUGUGGUAAAGAUUUACACUAGACUUGAUUAUCCCACAGACAUUUUCCACACCUUGACACAGUUCAGGGACUCCUCCCUUCUCACUGACCUAACAUUGAGCACAGAUGAGGGGAAGAGUCUCCAUGUACACUCCCUCAUCCUGGCUGCUGUCAGUUCCCUUAUUUUUGGCCACCUGAGCAAAAGCAAUCUAGAAAUCAACAGACCUGAUGAAAGAAAAGACAGUGAUACAAGUAUUGAGGUCCGCAGGUGGUCGGUGUCUCUGGGUCCAGAAGUAGAUCAUGUUGGAUUAGAAGCAAUUGUGCAGUUUGCCUACACAGGGCUCAUACCAUGUUUGAAUGAGAACAGUGUGGACCAAAUAAAGUCUGCAGCUCAAACUCUGGGUGCCUCCAGGGUGCUGGAGCUCUGCACCGAGGAAAAGUCCACAAAAACUGGAGGGCAGAAGAAAGAUGAAAGGAUCUUGGCUGAAGAACAAAUGAUGAUCAGUCUUCAGUCGAUCAAAGGUCUUUGGAUGGACAGAUUGGGCUGUGAUGUCAUUCUGGAAGCUAUCGGAGGAUCGCUUCACGUCCACAGAGUCAUCCUGGCUGCAACUAGUGACUACUUCCGUGGCAUGUUCACCUUGGGUAUGAGAGAGUCCUAUCAAGCUUGUGUUACCCUUCCCUUACUGUUGGCUUCUGAGCUGGAGGUUCUGAUCAGCUGCUCCUACAGCGGGGCUCUGCCCCUCAGGUGGAGCUGUGUCUUUGAGAUCACCAGCACAGCUCUCCAGCUUCAGCACCAACCUGCCCUCUCCUUGUGCUUUAACUUCCUGCAGCAAGAACUUAAUCCCCAGUCCUGCCUGGAUGUGGUAUCUUUUGCCGAGGCUUAUGAGAUAGUGCAGCUUCUCGAAGUUGCUGAUGAUUUUGUCUUGCGGCAAUUUCAAAAGGUGGCAUGCACCUCGAAGUUCAAGGACCUGCCAGCCAAACAGUUACUUAAGUACCUGAACAGUCACUCACUUUGUGUUUCAUCAGAGCUUGUUGUAUUCAAAGCAGUGGCAGCAUGGAUCCAAGCUAAGCCCAAGAAAAGGUUUAAACUUGCUAAGGAACUGAUGAAAACUAUCCACUUUUCUCUGAUGACCUUCAAGGAAUUCAGAGAGGUCCAGUCUCUGAAAAUGUGGUCUGAUCACAGCCUGGCAGAGCUCUACGAAUCAGUCCUUCAGGAUUUCUGCUCCAGUGAGACUGCACCACAGAGUCAGUGCCGCAUCUAUCUACCAAAAGAGAGUCUGGUCUUGAUUGGAGGUGAUCAGAUCUCUGAAGAUCUGGGCAGCCGAAGCAUCAGCAGAGAACUCUGGUUUGGGAAUUCACUGAGGAAUCACACAGGAAUAAAAAAAGCCCUGGAGUGGAGAAAGCUGGGGGAGAUGCCAGAGCCAGCGAGGUUCAGUCAUGAGGUGGCAGUGCUCAGCGGACAACUGUACAUAUUUGGGGGCAAGAAGUAUUAUGGCAGCGGUGACACCCUAAAUUCUGUUUACAGGUAUGACCCUGUUCACAGCAGCUGGGAGAGCCUGGCUGAAAUGCAGGAAAAAAGAUGCUCUUUCUCUGUGGUUGUGCUGGAUGGAAAGAUAUACGCCAUCGGUGGACACUGUGACCCUGAGCAUAUACAUAGUGUGGAACAAUACUGCCCCACUGCAAACUCAUGGAGCUUCACCUGGCCUUUGGAUCUGCCUCUGAGUGGGCAUGUAGCAAAGGUUUUACAAGGGAAGAUCUUCAUCUCAGGAGGGCGGAACAGUGACAUCCAAUGUGUUGCACAUAUGUUUCUAUACUACCCAGAGACAAGGAGCACCUAUCUGGCAAACAUGACUAAACCUCGAGCUCAUCACUGCAUGGAGACCCUGGGUGAAUGUCUUUAUGUAGCAGGUGGAACCACCACAGAUGAGAACAUGUCUAUUGUUGACCAGCUAGCUUGUGAGGCAUACAAUCCAGCAACCGACUCCUGGACUGCCUUCACAUCUCUACCACUGCCACAUGUAGGAGCAGGAAGUGCAGUUUUGGAGGAUAGGUUUUAUGUGCUUGGUGGGUACAGCCAGGAAGACUACAGUGACACUAAGAUGGUCCAUCGCUAUGAUCCCACCACACGGAGAUGGGAGAACAUGGGCAAGAUGCCUGGGCCAAACAACGACUUAAGAGCAUCUGUGCUGUGUUUACCACCACAUUUUCGUUUGUAAGAUAUAGUGACAGUAGUAGCAACAAGAUUUUUUAAAAAUAGUUUGACAAAGAUUUUUCUAUUUUACAAGAUGUAAAGAUGAUAA